UGACAGGAGCUAUUUGGUUUGAGAUUCAGAAAAACCUUAAACACGUUGUUGAACAGUUUACUCUAGUUUUAGCUACCAAAAACACAUUAGCAACCAUGUUUAAACUUCCUUGCUGUCGACGAAAGAAAAAGACAGAAAAGCUUGUACAGAAUAAGAGGAGACCUCGUUCCAUCUCUAGUGAAAGACUCAUCCUCUCAGAUGCACCUGCCGCCAAGACCCCUGCAGCAAAAUGUAUAGGGAGGACUCCUUGGUGGUACAGACUGUUCGGCCGACCAGCGAAUAAAGAAAGAAGUCCAAAGGUGGGAGAUGAAAGUGAACAGCGCUCCAGCCCACAGCAGAGCAAAGCCGCCUCCUCACAUGAUCCAGCCACCACAACAACAACAGCUGGAAAUCUAAACACAGAGAAGGGUCGACUGCGGUGCAGAGUCUUUGACUGCUGCAGAAGAAAACAUCGAGUCACUCCCGCUGCAGACGGCAAGGGAGAGCCGAAGACUCCUCAGAAACCUCACAGGAGCCCUGUCAAAGCUACAGACAAGGCUGAUAAGGUGGUUAAGUUUAAAGCUCCCGCUGAGGAAGAGGAAGAAGCAGCGGGGAAAGAAGACAAGGAGAAAAGGGACAAGCUGCAUAUUCUUAGGGCUUUGGUGCACAGUCUGUGCCAGACACUGGCCAAGCAGGACUCCAACAGUGCCAAAACGUGUCAAGUGACACAGUUCAUCAGCUCCUUAGGACUCAGAUGUCAGCAGGAUUGGCUUGGGUUUCCAAACCCAGCCCAGAUCUGCUACAUGAACUCCAGCCUCCAGAGCCUGAUCACGCUGGCAGACUUCAUCAGGGACAUCAGCUGCCAGGAGCAGGUGUGGACUUCAGUCCCUGAGGCUGAACUGAUCAGAAGAUUCAUGAGCAUCGUGUGGUGUCACCGCUCCAUGGACUCCUACCUCAAACUCCAUGCCCUCUAUUUGUUCAAGAGGGCCCUCUCAGUCCAGGCUCCUGAGUUUCUGGAUCACUUCCAGAAAGAUGCUCACGAGUUCCUGACGACGGUCCUGGAUCAGAUCAGGGGUUUGUCCCCGCUGCUGCGGGAAGUCACUGCCAGCGUGGAGAAAAGAUACAGAUGCCCUGUCGAGGACCACCUGACAUUCAAGAUGCAGAACACUAGGAACUGCAAGAGCUGUGGAGCCCGGUCUACGAGAGAGGAGGACUUCACCAACCUGUCUCUCAACCUGGUGCCCGGAGGUUCGAUCCUGGAAAUGCUCCAGGAUUACCUUAAGGAGACAAAGUUGGACUUCAGGUGUGACUGUGGCUCCAGCACAUCCAGCCUGCAGUACACCUUCGCAACUCUGCCCAAAGUGCUGAUCCUACAUCUGAAGCGUUUUCGCUUCACUCCGUCAUUGCAGCUGGAGAAGUUGAGCGACCCUGUUGACCUCUUUAGGGAGCUGCUGGUGACCUCCAGCCGGGCUGAUGGUUGGUACAGUCUGGUGAGUGUCAUCAGUCAUCUGGGUUCCAGUGGGAACAAAGGACACUAUGUGAGUAAUGGAGUGGACCCGGAUGUAGAGCUGGAUGACCCCGCUGACCGCUGGCUCACCUACAACGAUUCAUUGGUCACGCAGACAACCGGGGCCUCUGUCCGCAAGUGGCGUCAGGAAACCGCCUACAUCCUGUUCUACCAAAGACGAAUGUAGAGCAGUCCGGCGAUGGAGGGACUUUGUGUGGCAGUCUCUGUGAGAUGUGGCCACGGUAAGUGUAAGUGCACAGGUAAGUGUUUUGUUUUCCCUCCCUGUUGUCUUCUUCUAGUUGACGAACGUAAAGGUGGAGGUUCAGGACGGACUACCAGCUCGUCUCAUGAGCUGGAGCAGCAAAGCUCCCAAUUCUUCUUCCCGAGGUUCAUUACUAUUAAUGGCCGUUUUUCCUCGCUGCCAUCGCCUUUCAAUCUGGACCAGGUCGAAUCAGAACUUGUCUCUGACGUACUUCAGUCUGUUUUGUACUGUCACUAUCUGGAGAUGGCUUGGCCUAUAUGAACAUGGCUUGCUCUCUCGGAAAGACUAAUAUGUGUUAUUUAUAUUUUUAUAUGAGAGAUUUUUAUGUACUUAAUUUGCUCUCAGUGACAUCUUAAGUCCGAAUGGCUGAAAUGGGGCUCAGUGAACAAUAAACGUCAUACAUUUCUGUAAA